AUGUGUUUCAGGAGGAAGAGGAUGGAUGUUCUGCCCCAGGCAUGUGUUGGGCUGCUCCUCCUGUCCCUGCUCUGUGCCACUGGCCACUGCCAAAGCAGCAAAAAUAACCCCUGUGUGCUGUCCCGAGCAAAGAGCUGCACCGAGUGCAUCCGAGUGGACAAGGACUGCUCCUUCUGCACCGACGAGACCUUUAAAGAGCCUCGUUGCAACCUGCGGGAGAACUUGCUGCGCUACGGCUGCGGGGAGGGCAGCAUCGUCUACACCAGGGGUGAGAUGAGGACCCAGCAGAAUUUCAGUAUUGACACAUCCCUGAAGAGGACUCAGGUGUCCCCCCAGGGCAUGUUCAUGCGACUGCGAGCUGGGGAGGAGAUGAGCUUCAACAUGGAUGUCUUCCAGCCCUUGGAGAGCCCCGUGGACCUCUACAUCCUCAUGGAUUUCUCCUACUCUAUGUCUGAUGAUCUGGACAACCUCAAAAGCAUGGGCCAAAACCUAGCUGAGUUCCUGCAGAACUUGACCUCUGAUUACACCAUAGGAUUUGGCAAGUUUGUGGACAAAGUUUCAUCCCCGCAGACAGACAUGAGACCUGAGAAGCUGCGUGAGCCCUGGAACAAUGCUGACUCCCCCUUCUCCUUCAAGAACAUCAUCCGUCUGACCAGCAACAUCAACCACUUCAGCCAGGAGCUCAGGAAGGAGCGCAUCUCGGGCAACCUGGACGCCCCUGAGGGUGGCUUUGAUGCCAUCCUGCAGACAGCUGUGUGCAAGGAUAAGAUUGGCUGGAGGAAGGACAGCACUCAUCUGCUUGUGUUCUCCACUGAAUCUGCCUUUCACUAUGAAGCUGAUGGUACCAACGUCCUGGCAGGGAUCCUGGCAAGAAAUGAUGAGCAAUGUCACUUGGAUGCUGAUGGCACCUACGUAUAUGACACCAAGCAGGACUACCCUUCAGUGCCCACCCUGGUGCGCCUGUUGGGCCAACACAACAUCAUCCCCAUCUUUGCUGUCACCAACCACUCCUACAGCUACUACGAGAAGCUGCACAGGUAUUUCCCCAUCUCUGAGAUUGGGGUGCUCCAGGAGGACUCUUCCAACAUUGUGGACCUGCUGGACACAGCCUUUAAGCGCAUCCACUCCAAGAUGGACAUCCGGGCUGACUUUGUCCCCAAAGCCAUGAAGACAGAGUUCACCUCCUCCAUGUAUGAAAAGACAGAAUCUGGCUCCUUCCACAUCAGCCGUGGGAAGGUGGGCAAGUUCAACAUGCACGUGAAGGCUCUGGAGUACGUCGGUGGGCAGCACGUCUGCAGCCUCCCCGAGAGGGACCGGCAGGGGGUCAUCCACGUGAAACCCACCUCCCUGAGUGACAGCCUCCAGGUCACCACCUCUGUCAUCUGUGAUGUGUGUCCCUGUGAACAGCAACAAGAGUUUAGCUCACCCAAGUGCAGCUUGCACGGGGACUUUGUUUGUGGACAGUGCAUCUGCCAUCCAGGCUGGAGAGGGGACACGUGUGACUGCUCCCCAGAAUCGUCCCCCAACAACGAAGCCUGCAUCCGCCCCGGGGACACGGAGCCGUGCUCGGGCAGGGGCGAGUGCCUGUGCGGGAGGUGCCAGUGCUACCCCGAGGAGCUGGCCCAGCGCUUCGACGGCGCCUUCUGCCAGUUCGACGUCCUGCAGUGCCCGCGCACCUCGGGCUUCCUCUGCAACGAUCGCGGCCGCUGCUCCCAGGGUGCCUGCGUGUGCCAGAGCGGCUGGGAGGGCCCGGGCUGUGAAUGUCCCACCAGCAACGACACCUGCAUCGACAGCAGAGGGGGCAUUUGCAACAACCACGGGAGGUGUGAGUGUGGCAGGUGCAUCUGUGACAAGGCUUCGCUCUACACCAGCUCCACCUGUGAAAUCAGCUACUCCCUGGGCUUCCAGGCUGUGUGUGAGAGCAUCCGGGACUGCGUCCGCUGCCAGGCCUGGGGAACAGGCAACAUGCAAGGGAACUGCAGCAAGUGCCACCUCCAGAUCCAGAUGGUGGAAGAGCUGAAGAAAGAGGAGGCCAGUGAGUACUGCUCCUUCCAGGAUGAGGAUGAUGACUGCACGUACCACUACACCCUGGAGGGAGACCCCAGUGUCCUCCCCAACACCACUGUCCGUGUGCAGAAGAAAAAAGAGUGUCCCCCAGGGAGCUUUGUCUGGCUCAUCCCUCUGCUCAUCUUCCUCAUCCUGCUCCUGGGGCUGCUGCUGCUGCUCUGCUGGAAGUUCUGUGCCUGCUGCAAGGCUUGCCUGGCCCUGCUUCCCUGCUGUGCACGAGGUCGCACCAUUGGCUUCAAGGAGGACCACUACAUGCUUCGCCACAGCCUCAUGUCCUCCGACCACCUGGACACCCCCCUGGUCCGCACCGGGUCCCUCAAGGGGCGGGACACAGUUCGCUGGAAGAUCAACAACAACGUUCACAAGCAGGGCUUCACCUCCCUCGCUGCCACCAGCCCCAAAGAUCUCAUUCCCUACGGCCUUUCCCUGAGGCUGACCCGGCUCUUCACGCAGAACCUGGUGAAGCUGGACAGCCGGGAGUGCGAGCUGCUGCGCAAGGAAGUGGAGGAGAACCUGAAUGAUGUUUUCAAGCACAUCCCUGGCUGCCACAAGCUCCAGCAGACCAAGUUCAGGUUACAGCCCAAUUCUGGGAAAAGGCAGGACCACACCAUUGUGGACACAGUUCUCACUGCCCCUCGCUCAGCCAAGCCUGAGAUCAUCAAAGUGAUGGAAAAACACGUUUCCCACGAGGUUUUCAAUGACCUGAAGGUUUCACCAGGUUAUUACACCGUGACCUCAGACCAAGAUGCUCAUGGAAUGGUGGAGUUCCAAGAGGACGUGGAGCUGGUGGAUGUCCGGGUGCCACUCUUCAUCAGGGAGGAGGAUGAUGAUGAGAAGCAGCUGCAGGUGGAGGCCAUUGAUGUCCCUACUGGCAUCGCUGAGAUUGGACGCAGACUUGUCAACAUCACCAUCAUCAAGGAACAAGCCAGCAGCCUCAUCACCUUCCUGCAGCCAGCCUAUUCCCACAGCCGCUUUGACAAGGUGGCCAAGAUCCCUGUCCUCCGGGAGAUCAUAGACAACGGGAAAUCCCAAGUCACCUACAGGACCCGGGAUCUCACUGCCAAGGAUGGCAGGGACUACAUCUUCACAGAGGGUGACCUGGUCUUCCAGCCCGGGGAGACCCGAAAGGAGGUGCAGAUCCCCUUGCUGGAGCUGACAGAAAUAGAUACCCUGCUCCACACCAGCCAGCUCAAGCAGUUUGCCAUCGACCUCCUCCAUCCCAAGUACGGCGCCAAGAUCGGGAGAUACCCCCAGACCACGGUGACCAUCGCCGACCCAGAGGUGGUGGAUGGUGUCCCCUCGAUGACUGGCCUGAGCCAGGUCCCUCAGUCCCCCAAAGGCCGCCUGAGUGCCCCACUUAAUCCCAGUGCCCAUGCUCUCAGCUCCAGGGAAAUCCGCUUCAGCUGGUUUCCUCCACCAGGAAAACCUCUGGGGUACAAGGUGAAAUACUGGAUCCAAGGGGACCCUGAGUCAGAAGCCCAUCUCAUUGAUGUCAAAGCACCAUCAGCAGAGCUGAGUAACCUCUACCCCUUCUGUGACUAUGAGAUGCAAGUCUGUGCCUACAACGCCAUGGGGGAAGGGGUUUACUCAGACGUCACCCAUUGCCGCACGCUUGAGGAUGUCCCUAGCGAGCCCGGCCGCUUGGCUUUCAAUGUCGUGUCCUCCACCGUGACACAGCUGAGCUGGGCUGAGCCUGCAGAAACCAACGGGGAGAUCACGGCCUAUGAAGUCAGUUAUGGACUUGUCAACGAGGACAACAUACCCAUUGGCCCAGUGAAGAAGGUGCUGGUUGAAGACCCGAAGAAGCGCAUGGUGCUGAUAGAAAACCUGCGGGAGUCCCAGCCCUACCGCUACAUGGUGAGGGCCAGAAAUGGUGCUGGAUGGGGACCUGAGAGAGAAGCCACCAUCAACCUUGCUACCCAGCCCAAGCGCCCAAUGUCCAUCCCCAUCAUCCCCGACGUGCCCAUCAUUGAUGCAGAGGGAGGUGAGGACUACGACAGCUACCUGAUGUACAGCACAGACGUGCUCCGCUCUCCCGCCGGCAGCAAACGUCCCAGCGUCUCCGAUGACUCGGUCUCCAGGUGGAAAUAUGUGCAGUUGCUGGGAGAAGACUUGGAUCUUCGCCGCAUCACCUGGAGGCUCCCACCUGAAACCAUUCCCCGCCUCUCUGGCAGCAGCUGCUUCUCCUCGGACACCGAGGGUCUCCUCCAUGAGGAGGACAGUGACGUGCCUACUGGCAGCCUGAGGAGGAGUGGGACACCCCGGCCCCAAGCAGAGCACUUGCUGAAUGGCCGGGUGGACUUCUCCUUCCCUGGCAGUGGCACUGGGACACUGACCAGGACAACAAACACCAGCUACCACCAGCUGAGCCAACACAUGCAGCAGGAGCACAGGGUGAUAGGGAGCUCCUCCCUGACAAGAGACUACUCCACGAUGCUGAUGGGGCAUGACUCCAGGCUGCCACUGGGCAUCCCUGACACCCCCACACGCCUGGUCUUCUCCGCCCUGGGACCCACAUCCCUGAAGGUGAGCUGGCAGGAGCCCCACUGUGAGAAGGAGGUGCAGGGCUACAGCGUGCAGUACCAGCUCCUCAAUGGAGGAGAAGUGCACCGACUUGCCAUACCCAACCCCAGCCAGAACUCAGUGGUGGUGGAGGACCUGCUGCCCAACCACUCCUACAUCUUCAAGGUGAAGGCGCAGAGUGAGGAAGGCUGGGGCCCUGAGAGGGAAGGAGUCAUCACCAUCGAGUCCCAGGUGGACCCGCAGAGCCCGCUCAGCCCUGUGCCAGGUUCACCCUUCACGCUGAGCACACCCAGUGCUCCAGGACCACUGGUUUUCACUGCCCUCAGCCCUGACUCCCUGCAGCUCAGCUGGGAGAGACCCCGCAAGCCCAAUGGGUCCAUCUUGGGCUACAUGAUCACCUGUGAGAUGCUGCAUGGAGGAGGGGAGCCCAGGAAUAUUUAUGUUGAAGGAGACAAUCCAGAAACGACCCUGACUGUGCCCCACUUGAGUGAGAAUGUCCCAUACAAGUUCAAAGUGCAAGCCAAGACCACCCAGGGCUUUGGACCAGAGAGAGAAGGCAUCAUCACCAUCGAAUCUCAGGAUGGAGGUACUUUCUCCCAGUAUGCAGGGCAGCAGUACAUGAGAGAAGAAGUGUACAACUUCCCCACCGAAUACACCACCAAAACCAGCAUCAGCCAUUCCUCUCUGGAUCCCCACUUCACAGAUGACCUGCUCAUGACAACCCAGCGCGUGGAGAGCGCCAGCAGCACCCUCACCAAGCAGGUCACCAAAGAGUUUGUGAGCCGGACCGUGACGUCCAGUGGGACCCUCACCAAACAGAUGGAGAGGCAGUUCUAUGAGGCCUGA